AUGCCGGACGAGCCGAGCACAUCUUCUGGGCCAUUAACCCCCGGUGAUGUGUAUUUCUCACCAAGCCCUUCCCAUGAAGAUGAUGACUUCGAUACUAUUUUCACAGAUGGGCGAACUCCAGUGGCGAUAUCCCCUAACCACUUAAAAAAUCAUCCCCUCCACAAGCCAACUGGAACAUCGGAAGUGUUAACAUUCUAUCCAACUAUGGAAGAGUUCAGAGAUUUCAGUCGAUACAUCAGAGUGAUUGAACAGAAAGGAGCACAUUUAAAUGCUGGAAUCGCUAAAAUUGUUGCUCCUGAAGGGUGGACACCGAGACCUUCAAAAAAAGAUUUUUCUGAUGUAGACAACUAUGAAAUAACACAACCAGCUCGUGAGACAAUCGAAGCAAUGGAAAAGCCAGGAGCUUUCUUCAAGCGGAACGUAACAUGCCGUCGAAAAAUGCCAGCUCGUGAAUUUCGGGACAUGGCUCUCUCAGCUCAAUACCGUAAUCCAAAACCGAAUUUGGAAGGAAUUGAUAUCGAGAAGCAUUAUUUUCAAAAUAUCCUCGAAGGAGAGCCCAUUUACGGUGCUGAUACAGAAGGGAGUUUCUACGAUAAGGAAACCAAUGAAUUUAAUAUGAAUCGUCUCGGAACACUUCUCGAUAAUACAAAUCUCAAAAUCAAAGGUGUAAACACGGUAUAUUUGUAUUUUGGAAUGUACAAAACAACAUUUCCAUGGCAUGCUGAAGAUAUGGAUCUGUAUUCUAUUAACUUCCUUCACUUCGGAGCACCAAAAUACUGGUUUGCAAUCAGUUCCGAACACGCAGAUCGGUUCGAACGUUUUAUGAGUCAACAGUUUCCUUAUCACAAUGAGGCUCAUUGCAAAGCCUUUUUGCGACAUAAAACAUUUAUUGUUACUCCUGAACUUCUCCGAUCAGCAAACAUUCCAUACGCAACAAUGAUACAACGUCCUAAUGAGUUUAUCAUAACCUUCCCACGUGGUUAUCACAUGGGAUUCAACCUAGAUUACAAUCUUGCUGAAUCCACGAAUUUCGCCACUCAAAGAUGGAUCGACUAUGGGAAAGAUGCCGUUCUUUGUGGUUGUAGCAAAGAUUCAGUGAAAAUAGAUAUGGCUCCUUUUAUGGAAAUGUAUAGACCAGAUGAACAUUCGGCAUGGAUUACAUAUUGGUAUGGUGAUGAACGAUCUGAAUGGGUUCCAAAAAAGAAAGAAACGAAUAAGAAACGACAGCGUGCAAUUCCUUGUGUGACGCCUGCAAAAAGAGCUCGCCUGGCAGCAUCUGAUGGAUCAUGUUCCGAUGGCUCUUCUGGGUGUGAAACCGAAGAAUCAUCUUUCAUGCGUUCUCUUCCGGGAUACAGUAUGUCCAACUACCAAUUAAGAUCAGACAGUGAUGGAAUGCUGCGAAAGUAUAAAACAAAUACAAAAGAACUACGCUCAGACAGAAUUGAUUUUUUCAAAGAGCGGCAGUAUAACAGCGGAAGAACCCCCGAGUGGCCGCACUGUUCAGUGUGUCAAUACUUUCAGCCGCUUCAUAUGAUGGCCAUAAACGAAACUGUGCCUCACUCAUCACGUCGUCUGAUUCCUACUUCAUGUUUUUCAAAAACAAGUGAAGAAGAUGAGAAAGAUGAGGUUACUUUUGAUCGGUUACUUCAAUGUUCAAACUGCGAAGUCACUGUCCAUUCAAAAUGUUGUUCCGGUGAUCAACCGAAUUCUGAUGAAAAGUGGCGAUGUCCUAGAUGUCGGAAUAAAACAGACGUUGAAAUACGAACUGCAUCUUGUCAACUUUGUCAACUUCGUGGUGGUGCACUUAUUCCAUGCCAAAUCGGGAAAGACUCCACAUGGGUGCAUGUGAUAUGUGCUCUAUUCAACCGACGAGCUGUUUUCAAUAACCCGGACGGACCAUCAGCAUGUUUUGUUGAGCCAUCUCCACGACAGCAAUCAGAGACUUCUUCGAUGCCGCCUUUGCCUGAAGAAUAUCGUUCAGAACACGGAGAUAUGUUCGAACAUUCAAGAUGGGAAUGUGUUGUGUGUCAUCGAACGGACGUAGGACUGAUACCAUGUGCCCAUUGUAUCGAGGAAGACAAACCAGUGAUUCCUGCUUUAGCUCAUAUCACAUGUGCUCGUCGUGUCGGUUUUGUUUGUGAAGUAAGGGAUUUUCCACGUGGAGCUGUCAUGAUUUGUCAGAAACACGAACAUUCCUACUUGAUCAACAAAUCACUACAAGAUUAUACCAAUAUUAAAGUUGGCGAUAAUGUAUAUGUAGAAGAGGAACAAUGUUCCAGUGGUACGAAACAUUUCUUGUCUGGAAAGAUCCUCCGAGUUGAUAAAAAAGCUACAGUUGUCGUCGAUUUUCUUGACAAUAGUUGCAGUAGAGACAAUCUUGUAGAGGACAUUCAAUCGUGUGAAUGUCUCUAUUGUGAAAAUGGAGAUCAUCAAUACGGUGCCAGGGUCAAAGUUGUUUGGGACGACAAAAAAGUAUACGACGCAUAUUUCCGAGGCAAAGGAGUUAUGAGUGAAUAUACGAUAAAACUGGAUGGUGGUCCUGAGGUAAAAUGUCCUCGAAAUAAAAUAAAAUCGAAGAAAGAAUAUAAGAAUUCUAAUAAAACCUAA